GCUCGCUCUCACGCUGUGUCACCCACUCGCCACUUUCACGGCUCAGCAGGAAACAUGAGUUACUCCAGUGAGAUGUACAACUGCAGCAGCAGCAGCUCCUAUCGCAAGAUUUUCGGCGAUGCCCCGCGGGCCGGCCGCGCGGGUGCGGGCAGCAGCAGCAGCCCGUCCCGCGUGCACUCCUCGGGGUACCGCAGCCGCACCUACGGGUCCCCCUCGGUCAUCUCCUCCAGCACCUACCACCGCAGGAGCGCCGCACCCGGGCGCGUCUUCUCCUCCGUGCAAGACUCCCUGAUGGACCUGAGCCAGUCGACGGCGGUCACCAACGAGUUCAAGAUCAUCCGAACCAACGAGAAGGAACAACUGCAGGGGCUCAACGACCGCUUCGUGUCCUUCAUCGAGAAAGUGCACAACCUUGAGCAGCAGAACAAAGUUCUGGAGGCGGAGGUGUCUUUGCUGCGGCAGCGCAACAGCGAGCCGUCGCGCCUCCACGAGCUCUACGAGCAGGAGAUUCGCGAGCUCCGCGCGCGCGUCGAGGAGCUGACCCACGAGAAGAGCCAGAUGCACCUAGACUGCGUGCAGAUGAGCGAGGCUCUGGAGCGCCUGCGGGAGAAGCUCGACGAGGAGACCAGGCUGCGAGAGGAGGCGGAGAACACCCUGAAGGGCUACCGCAAGGACGUGGACGACGCCACCUUGGCGCGCCUGGAGCUCGAGAAGAAAGUGGAGUCGCUGCUGGAUGAGAUCGCCUUCCUCAGGAAAAUUCACGAGGAGGAGCUGCAGGAGAUGCAGUCGUCCCUGCAGGCCACGCAGGUGUCAGUGGAGAUGGACAUGAGCAAGCCGGACCUGGCUGCAGCCCUGAAGGACAUCAGGGCCCAGUAUGAAAACCUGUCAUGCAGGAACCAGGCCCAGGCAGAGGAAUGGUACCGUUCCAAGUUCGCGACGGUGACCGAGGCCGCUGCUCGCAACCAGGAUGCCAUCAAGCACUCGAAGGAGGAGCUGACCGAGUACCGCAGGCAGGUGCAAGCCCGCACCCUGGAGAUUGAGGCCCUCAGGGGUCACAAUGAGGCCCUAGAGCGGCAGAUCGCUGAGAUGGAGGAUCGCCAUAACAAUGAAAUUGGAGACAUGCAGGAUACCAUUCAGCAGCUGGAGGCUGCACUGCGCAGCACCAAAGGAGAAAUGUCCCGUCACCUGCGGGAAUACCAGGAUCUGCUCAAUGUCAAAAUGGCGCUUGACAUUGAAAUAGCCGCUUACAGGAAACUGCUGGAAGGCGAGGAGUGCCGCCUCAGCUCCGUCGGUGGUGCCAUGGUGCAGUCCGGUUACCCCGGCUUCUCCUAUAUGUCAUCGCGCACGUACUCCCUGGGAGCCUACAGGAAGUCCAAGCCAGAGGACGAGGAAGAGGAAGGAGAAGAAGAGGACAAGGAGGAUGAGGAAAAUGAGGAGGAGGGAGAGGAUGAAGAUGAGGGCGAUGACCAGGAGGGAGGUGAAGGUGAGGAAGAGGAAGAGGAGAAGCCAAAAGGGAAGGAUGAGAAGAAGAAGGAGAGCCCCACUGAGAAGACCAGCAAGAACUAAACUGCUUGUGUAGCUUCAUCAUCAUCAUCAUCUCUCAUUCUUCAGGCUUAUGUGAUCUAGUGACACAGCCAAUUACAUGCACGCACGCGCACCGUUCUCUUUUCCUGGUGAAAGAGUUUAGAUGGUGGAAAUUGAAUCUGCAUUGAUUUCCACCUCGUAAGGAUCGCACGAUGGUGUGAAGAGGUUUGACACAUUUCUCGAUAAAAGCAACUGAUGUGCCAAUCACGACCGACAAGAGCGAUCAAACCCCUGAAGUAACAAUACUGCACAUGCUAGUACACAGAUUGGAAAACAAAUGCACAGAGCGUGAGACAAACAGCCAGUCCAACUUUUACGGUGCUAUUUUAUUUUUACAAAUAAAAGUUGGCAGCGUAUUUUAUUUCUUUUAUUGAUUUUUCAACUCAUAGCAUGACCAGCUCAACGCUUAAUAUCAGCUUGUCAUACUGGGCUGUAAAGCAGAAUGAAUUGCUUCCGUUUCAGUGCAAUGCUGUGUGUCCCAUAGUGGCGAAACGAUCUUCAUCCCUGUCAUCAGCGUCCUGUCCUCAUCACGUUCUCCCAAGAAAAACGAAAACAAAUGACAGCAUUCACCAUCAACCCAGUGCAGCCCUUCUCCGCCUUUCUGUUUUUUGCUUUGCAAUGUCAAAACGCAGCAAUAAUUGCUGCAUAAUUGUACAUACUAGUGUGUUGAGACAGUGUUUUUGUUUGCUUGAACGAAGAAGUUGGUAAUACAGUAGUACGGUAGUACUGAACGAUCUAUCUAGCUGGACUGAAACUGCAUAUCAUUUAUCGUUACUUGUCAAGUAGGAUCUGUCCACUUUUGAUUCAUUUAUCUGCCUUCUUUCUGUUUUUUCCUUUUUUUUUGGUGAGAACCCACCGUGUCAUAGCAUCUUUGUCAAACAAACAUGGCUGUGUUUCUGUUGAAUGUAGCAUUGUGAGCACGGCUGAGUGGCAGGCAGCUGACACUGACACUGACAGCCCUCCGCUCGGACUGCAAGUGACAGGUUGUUUACGGUUCUUUGGUACGUACAAGGGCUACUUUCGCCCCAACCUCUUAUUGUUAUACUUUUUUUUUUUUUUUUUGGUUUUACUUUUCCCUGAAGUGUUAGUUACGCCACCGUCCAUCAUGUCCCACACCUGUGCCCUUUCUUCUCUUUGACAAAUGAAUGAAACAAUAGGCACAAAUGCAUGGCCUGACUCUCAGAGCUUGACAACUGUACCGGUGGUUGGAAAUCUGCGUUUGCUUGUUGUGUGUUCCAUUGAAACUUGCCUUAGCCAUAACUGAAACUAUUAAAUACAAGACAUACUCACCCUCGUCGUACCAAAUUCUGGGUAGCGGAGGAGUACGGACACUUUCCCAGUUGAUCUGCAUAGUACAUAACUGUGACUGUACACGCUGCUAGCUCAUGCGGUAAUCUUUCUC